AAAAUACGGGUAGUUACGUGCAGAUGAUGCCAUGGAUGGAUGAUGACAAAAAACAUAUUAUGGACAUCUACACUAAGUUACAAUUAGAAAAGGGCGAUUAUGAUUUAAAGGGAAAAGUAGAAACAUACGAGGAUAUUUUCGAAAUCAAAUCCAGAGAUGGUCAUCCAAUUAUACGGGCAAUUUUGAGAGGAUUGGCUGGUCUAGGUAAAACGACUCUUCUCGAUAAAAUUGCUUACGAUUGGGCUUGUGGCUCUGUCGCUGUACUGAAGAAAUAUAAGUUAGUUUUCGUAUUGAAAAUGCAUUCUCUGACACAGGAUUCAGAUGUAAUAGACUCAGUGUUUGAUCAGUUAUUAGAUGAAAAGGACAUAGAUAGAGAAGAGUUGAAAUCCUUCAUUACGACCCGGCCUGACGAAGUUUUGUUUCUGUUGGAUGGUUUUGAUGAAUUCAAGACCACUGAACUUGAUGAGACGAAAUUCGGUUCACUUCUCAAAAUGCUUAAUCGAAAGGGUGAGUAUGACAAAUGCAGUGUACUUGUAACAACUCGCCCCUCUCACUAUGACAAACUGGCAAAGGGCUCUUUGAUUGAGAGGCCCUUUGUUCUUGUGAAUGUUUUGGGGUUUAACAAAGAUGACAUUGAGGAAUAUGUGCACAAAUUUUACUCUGAAGAAAGUUUCCGAGCUUCUGGGCUUCUUGAGAGGAUAAAAUCCUCGGAGGUUCUGUACGAUUUGGCAAGGAGUCCCAUGAUACUGUUGUUGAUGUGCUUGUUAUGGAGAGUGAGUUCCGAACUCCCCGAUACAAUGUCACGCUUGUACGAUGAGGCACUAAAAUACAUAUUCAAACGAAAGAUAAAAAUGAUAUCUCCAGAAGAAAUAUCAAAGCUCAUUAUUGCGAUUGGAAAGGUUGCUCUGCGUGGCCUUCUUGCAUCUGAUCAAACGCUUUCAUUUCGGGAGGAAGAUUUUGAUCCAGAUGUGCUUCGUAUGGCUAUACGAGCUGGCAUCCUCACCAGCCAGCGAGUACAGAAGAAAAAAAGCCUCGAUACGAGUAACAGUGUUUAUUUCAUUCAUAAGACAUUCCAGGAAUUCUGUGCUGCCAAAUUCUUCCAAAGUGAAGACUUUAGUGAAAAAGAUGACGAACAAUUUGCAAAGUUCUUUCAUCAAACCCGUAAGUCAGUAGGAUUUGAUUAUCUCCUGCGCUUUUGCUGCGGUGACAAAGAUGGACGCCGUACAAACUCAAUUUUGCAAUUUUUGUUAGAUAAAGUAGAACAUGCGGGAAUUCUUCACGAUGGAAACUUACAAUUAGCCCUAAACUGUUACUUUGAGAGUCAGUCCCAGACAUUACCACCGUUGCAGUUAAUCAAUUCGGUUUUGGCAUACACAAUCACAAUCAGAGAUUUCAGUAGUGAUUAUUUCACAUCGUUGAUGUACUUCUUUAAAAACGUUACUGACCACACAAAGGCUGACGAGAACGCUUACUUUGAAAAGGUUCACAGCCUGGAAAUACAUAGCGUGGUAGCACGAGAGAGUAGCUUACUGCGAUUUGGUGCACAAUUUGCAUGCUACGUGAACAAAAUGACACAUCUUUCGGAAUUAAAUGUAGAUCUCUUAGUAAAAAAUCCGACUGGUCAACGCAUUGAAAGGAACUGUGUGUUAGAAUUUUCCUCUCUACGCAUGAACGAAUUAACGCAGCUGAAGAAUGUGAAAUUAUACAAUUUCGACUUCGCAAGUAACGACACGAAGAACAUUGUUGGGGCACUUAGUCACAUUCCAAAUCUUUACUUGAAUUUGUCUGACAAUGUGACUCUUACUGGUUCAGGGGAUUCGUGGACUCACUUGGCGGCAUUAAAAAAUGUCGGGGAAAUAAAAUUUUCUUCCUGCAAUUUGAAAGGGGAUGACGUGGAGCACAUUGCCAUGGCGGUGAGUAAUCUGACUAACCUCGUUAAAUUGGAUCUGUCUCGCAACAAGACUCUUGCUGGCUCAUGUAGUUCAUGGUCUAGCCUGGCGAAAAUGAAGAAUAUCCAGCAGCUCUGCUUGAGUGCCUGCAAAUUGACGUGGGAUGACAUGGAUCCCAUUUCCGCGGCACUGAGUAAUAUGCCCAACCUUGUUGAAUUGGAUCUGUCUUACAACAAGAAUCUCACUGGCUCAUGUGGUUCAUGGUCCCAGUUUGAAAAUAUGAGAAGUAUCAAGAAACUCAUCCUGUCUGGAUGCUCAUUAGAAGAAGAUAACAUAGAGCACAUUGUCAUGGCACUAGGUAAUAUGCCAAACCUUCUUGCGUUGGACUUGUCGAGCAAUAUGCUUCGUUACGAUGGUGAGGCAUUAUCUCAUUUGAAGAAAAUAAAGAAUCUCCAAAACCUGGACUUGGGAUACUGCAAGUUGACGGGAGAUCACAUUGAGCACAUCGCCAGGGCACUGAAAAAUAUGUCCGACUUUGUGGAGUUGGAUCUGUCGCACAAUCCGACUCUCUCUGCGUCAGGUGGUUUAUGGUCUCAGUUUUCGGAAAUUAAAAACAUUCAGGUACUGAAAAUUAUCUCUUGCAACUUGACAGUGGGUGACAUGGGGUACAUCACUAUGGCCCUGAGUAAAAUAUCCAACCUUGAUGAAUUGGAUCUGACUGGCAAUCAGGCCCUUGGAGGCUCAGAUGACUUAUGGUCUCACCUAGCAGAAUUGAAAACUAUACGUAAACUGUGUUUGCGUUCCUGCAAUUUGAUAGCGCGCGAUAUGGAGCAUAUUGCCGUGGCACUGAGUAAUCUGCCCAACCUUGAAGAAUUGGAUCUGUCUUACAAUGAGAUGCUUGCUGGUUCGAGCCGUUCAUGGUCACACUUAGCUCAAAUCAAAGCUCUCGGCAAACUGGUCUUGAGUUGCUGCAAAUUGAAAAGGUUUGACAUAAAGUACAUUUCCGCGGCACUAAGUAACAUGCCCAACCUUGUCGAAUUGGAUCUGUCUGGCAAUUUCACCCUUGCGGAAGCACGUCGUUUAUGGUCUCUCCUGACCGAUAUGAAACAGCUUCAGAUUUUGUCUCUGAAAUCCUGCGAUUUGACCGCUGACGAUAAGUCACGAAUCAGGCUUGCACAGUCCCAAAUGACCAACUUGGUGAAAUUAGAGUAUUAGCCGCCACAGCUUUCCUUUCUCAAAUGGCUUCAGCGGAGUCGACAAAAAUGUAAAGGAAGAUUUUGUUGAUUGUAAACCGCACGUCAAGUUAAUAACCGAAAAAUGCCUAGAUGGCAAUGUUAGUAUAAAAACAGCCUUGCGCAAUUUCGUGUAGGCCUAUACCCUGAAUUAUGUCAUCUUUCGAUUAAAUAUUAUACAUUGGGCAAUUAUUUCAUAAUUGUCGAGAAAGCAGAAUUUAUUUAUCUAGUCGUCGUGACUUACGACGUCCGUCAUCAAAACCAUCGUGCAAGAAUGUUUCCUGAAAAAAUAAAAGUGAAACCAACUAAAAUCAAGUUCGGAUUUUAAAUGAAAAACCUUUUCAUAACACAAAUCACAAUAUCACGUUUAUAUAGUCAACUUGGCCGUGUGGCAAUGUACCAACCGCGAUUUCCAUUUUUUGCACAACAGUGUUCUUUUCUCUCAUAUCUUCCAAGCCUCCAAAGCUGCAGGCGCUGCUAAGUACAUGAUUUUCUGCUAAAACAGUGUUUUCGUCU